AUGACUCAAGCUGAAAGGGAUGCACUAGUUGCCCAGACGAAUGCCUUUCGAGCUGGAGUAAGUCCAACGGCCACAGAUAUGCUUCAAGUUGUAUGGGAUGAAAAGCUAGCUAUUGUAGCAUCCAAAUGGGCCAGACAGUGUUCUGUAGGCCAUGAAGCUGACUCAGACCAAAGAGCUGUACCAACUAGAAUGGGCUGUGGUAGUGCUACUUGUGGAACAAGAAAGGUGUAUAUUUGUAAUUAUGCAAGAGGUGUUAAUGGAGGACAACUUAACAUAGACACGUGUAGAUGUGAUUGUUUCCCCAUUUAUAGCGGAGAUUCUUGCGAAAUUCGUAAGUGA